AACCAAGCGAAAUGGCGCGGCGCCACCGAGAGUAAGAUAGAGAGAGAGAGAGAGAGAGAGAGAAUGUAUUCACCGCAGCUGCCACUUGCUCGGACGCGCGGGUUUUCUCCCUCUGAAUCGGAGAAAUCCCAGGCCGAUCGCCAUCCCGUUGGCGGCAGCGGCGGGGGAUUGGAAGCUUCUCUGGUCAGCGUAAUGCAACGUCACCACCACCACUCGGUCGUCCUCCGAGACCGCACUGAUAAAGCCCGGAAAGAUGCAAUCAGGAGCGCAGCGGCGGUGUCGGAUCUGCUGGUGGAGGCGGUGAACGGAGGGGUGCAGGAGGCCUACGUCAACCAAAAGCGCAUCGAGCUCGAGAUUCGAGCUUUGGCCGCCACCGUCUCCCGCUUCAUGAAGCAGACCGAUCACUGGCUUGCCUCUACUCAUGCUAUUAACUCCGCCAUCAAGGAAAUUGGAGACUUCGAGAACUGGAUGAAGAUAAUGGAUUAUGAUUGCAAGAGCAUCAAUGCAGCCAUCCGCAACAUCCAUCAAGCUUGAUUUUCAGCACUCGCAAAUGGAAUCCAUCCCAUUCGAGUCGAAGCUACAGGAUCAUGGGCCUGUCUUCAUCUAUCCACUAAUAAAGCCGGAACAAACCCUCUGCUUAUGCAUGGAGGAAGUUAAGAAAAGUUCUGUGAUGUGCUGAAACCUCAUAUUGGACGCUCCAUGGGAAUGGUAAGUCGACAUACUUGUGUCAUGACAAGUGGCUCCCUCGUGGUGUCUUGUCGGAUGUUAUUCUUGAAGAGCUCUUUGCAAUGUGCCGCUCUGUCUUCUAUGCUAAAGUAGCUGAGAUUAUUCAAGACAGUGACUGGCAUUUGGUUUGGUGUUAGAUCGGAUGAUUUUGUAGCUACCCGAGCUGCUUUAUGUGGCAAUUUCACUCCUAACUUUGUUGUUGACAUUGGAGUAUUGUGCACUGUUCCUAAAUGUCGCACUUUGCAUUCUGCUACUGCUUGGAAUCUUGUGAGAAUGAUUGGUAACAGAGUGGAAUGGCAUAGCUUGAUUUGGUUCUUCCCGCUGCUGUCUCUUUA